AUGGGUCUCUCCAAAACACCCAAGAAGAAGAAGAAGAAAGCAUCCAUCUUCCUUCUCUCAACGUCUGGCGAAGCCAAAGCCGCGGCGGCUGACUCAAUCAAAUCUUCAUCCUUUGGUCUCAGAAUAGCCGGUUCUCUCCGCCGGUUUGGUUGGCGAGACGAGGCUGUUGUGUUUGCUUUGGCUACACUUCCGGUUAUUGAGCUUCGUGGCGCUAUACCAGUUGGUUAUUGGAUGCAGCUUAAACCUAUGGCUCUCACUUUCUUCUCUGUUCUUGGCAAUAUGGUUCCGGUUCCGUUUAUCAUACUUUACCUCAAGAAGUUUGCGUCUUUCUUAGCGGGUAAGAGCAGAACAGGUUCCAAGCUACUUGAAAUCUUAUUCAAAAGAGCUAAAGAGAAGGCUGGACCUGUGGAAGAGUUCCAGUGGUUAGGACUAAUGCUCUUUGUAGCUGUUCCGUUCCCUGGAACCGGUGCUUGGACAGGAGCUAUCAUUGCAUCGAUCCUAGACAUGCCUUUCUGGUCUGCUGUUUCGUCUAAUUUCUGUGGGGUUGUGUUAGCGGGACUGCUUGUGAACUUUCUGGUGAAUCUUGGGCUUAAAGAAGCCGUUGUGGCUGGUGUUGUUCUCUUCUUUGUAUCUACGUUUAUGUGGAGUGUUCUGAGGAAGAUUAGGAAGUCUAUAAGAAAACCAACUUUGCCUUGA